AUGUUUCCCUCCUCGUUCUUCCCCGUGGUUCUUGCCUUGGGAGCAGCAUACGCGUCCCCGGUGACCACGGUACCUUCAGCGCCCCUGAUAACUCCCGCUCCUCUUAUUCCUCGGUCGCUUGGCAGCUUCUUUGUCGGAUAUGCAAUGUUUGACGACGGCUCUACCCCCGGUGGAGCACGAACUUGUAACGACUACUGUGUCACGAACCUGAUCUUCGCGUCCGCGAGCGAUCGAUCUCCCGCCUGGAUGGUGGGCUGUGCCACACAAUCAUACGGGCUGAAGUUACUUCACGUGUCAAAGGAAGACCUACCCACAGGAGGCGCCUCGUUGAACUCAUUAACACCCACGCAAGCUUCAACAUCUAUGCCAAGAUCUCCCGUGUCAAGUGCAUUUCUAUCUUUUACCACGGCAGCUUCAACUACAGCUCCAUCGCUUGCCACGCUAUCGCACACAAGCUCCCCCGACCCACCGAAAAAGAACAACGCCCCCGUAAUCGGCGGCGCCGUCGCCGGAUCCCUCAUAUUGCUUGGACUGAUCGGUGCUGGUGCAUUCUUCUUCUUCAGUAACCGUCGCGUCACUGCACCCAACACGCCAUAUCAAGGUCCAGAUCAGGCAGUUGCAAUGCCUCCGGCUCCAGCUCCGCCCCAAGCAACGUUCUCUCCACCGCCAGCAUACGGUCAACCCCUUUCAGCACCCAUACCAGGGUAUGGAGACGGGAAGCGGGAUCAUGUGGCGGAAUAUAGGGUGCCGGAGAUGACACAUCACGAGGUUCAUGGGCAAUCGACCCCCCUGUCUGCGGCGCCGAUGCCGGUGUAUAACCAGAGUUUGCUGGGGGCAGUGGACCCAAAUACGAAUCGGAGGAGUGAGCUUUCUUGA